GGUAAUGUUGCGUGUGUCAACGAGAAACAGUUUACUUCAACGAACUGAAAAAAAGAUAAUAUAUUUUUAUUAAUAGUUAAACACUUUAACUAACAUUGAUAAUACGUUAAAAGUAAAUACGUGUUAGGUUAUGUGUAAUUAGUUAUAAAUAAUCGAAUCAACAUCAAAUAAAAUUAGGAAUUAUCAUCAUUGAAUCUCUUCCUACCAUUAAUAUUUAUUCCUAAUAAUUUAAUUUUUAAACAAAUAGAACAGAAUAGAGAUGGCGGUAGACGCAUAAAAGACGAUUUAUAAGAAACUGCGAAUCAUAAUCACUGUGGAGAACAACUCGAAUACGAUUAACAUUUCUUAGUGUGGCAACUUUUGAAAAAUCUUACCGAAUAAGAGACAGAACAGACUACUCUAAAAAAAGAUAAUGGGACUUUUAUCUGAAGGAAGUCCACUUAAUUGGGAAGAAACGAAAAAAUUAUCCGAUCAUGUUAGGAAACAUGGGAUAAUACAAUUCAUUAAUUUAUACAAAAAACUCAGAGACAGACAAGGUGAUGUGCUCAAAUGGGGCGAUGAGGUAGAAUAUGUAUUAGUAAAAAUUGAUGAUACAGCAAAAACAGCAAAGCUUAGUUUAAGAGCAGAAGAAAUAUUAAAAAUUUUAAAUGAAAAAGAACAGAAAGAUCCAUUAAAUGUUAAAUCGUUAUGGCGACCAGAAUAUGGUGCAUAUAUGAUCGAAGGAACGCCAGGAAAACCAUAUGGAGGUUUAUUAGCACAUUUUAAUGUUGUCGAAGCAAAUAUGCGUUAUCGUAGACAGGAAGCGACAAAAUUAUUAAAACCUGGAGAAGUAUUAAUGUCAUUGACCAAUUUUCCAAGGCUAGGAGCAUCAGAUUUUACAGACCCUCCAGUUGUGCCCACGCCAAAUGCUGGUGCCUCCAGAAGUUUGUUCUUUCCAGACGAAGCAAUAUUCCCUGGACACCCACGUUUCAAAACAUUAACAAAAAAUAUUAGAGAACGUCGAGGAGAAAAAGUUUCUAUAAACAUUCCUAUUUUCAAAGAUACAAAUGUUCCUUCUCCGUUUAAAGAAGAUUUCAUAAGUCAAGACAACGAUGGAUCCAGUAAUAAAGCAGCAAAAGUAGAUCAUGUUUAUAUGGAUGCUAUGGGCUUUGGAAUGGGAUGCUGUUGUUUACAGCUUACUUUUCAAGCUUGUAAUAUAGAUGAAGGACGAACGUUAUAUGAUCAACUAACACCAUUGUGUCCAAUCAUGUUGGCUUUAACUGCUGCUAGCCCAUUUUAUCGUGGAUAUGUAACAGAUGUUGAUUGUCGAUGGAAUGUCAUUUCUUGCUCAGUUGACUGCAGAACACAAGAAGAACGUGGUUUGAAACCUUUAAAAGAAAAUCAAUUCAGAAUUCACAAAUCUAGAUAUGAUUCUAUCGAUUCAUACCUCAGCGAACAAGGAGAUAAAUAUAAUGAUGUUCCACUGAUAUAUGACACUGAGAUAUACAAGCAAUUAAUAGAUAAUGGUAUUGAUAGGUUACUUGCUCAACAUAUAGCUCAUCUGUUUAUCAGGGAUUCUGUAUCUUUAUUUUCGGAAAAAAUACAUCAAAAUGAUUUAGAAGAUACCGAUCAUUUUGAAAAUAUUCAAUCAACCAAUUGGCAAACAAUGCGAUUCAAACCACCACCUCCAUAUUCUUCAAUAGGAUGGCGUGUUGAAUUUCGACCAUGCGAAGUACAAAUAACAGAUUUCGAAAAUGCAGCUAUUGUUUGUUUUAUCGUACUGCUAACGAGAGUUAUACUCAGUUACAAAUUAAAUUUACUUAUACCAAUUAGUAAAGUUGAUCAAAACAUGGCUAAGGCACAAAAAAGGAAUGCUGUUCAAAAUGAAAAGUUUUGGUUUCGUAAAGAUAUAACAUCAAAUACUGCAAAAAAAGAAAAUAUAGAAGAGGAGUAUGAUAAAUUUACCAUUAAUGAAAUUAUUAAUGGCAAGAAUGGUGUUUUUCCUGGAUUAAUACCAUUAGUUAAUUCUUAUCUUGCCAAUAUGGAUGUAGAUGCCGAUACACAUUGUACAGUACAAAGAUAUAUGAAAUUAAUUCAAAGACGUGCAUCUGGCGAACUUCUAACAACAGCUGCAUGGCUUCGAAAAGAAGUAACAUCACAUCCAGAAUACAAACAUGAUUCUGUCAUAACACAACGUAUCAACUACGACUUAAUGAAAAAGAUAGAUAGUAUUGUAUCCAAUGAAGUUUCUUGCCCAGAAUUACUUGGACCAUGCAUAGCAUCUAAAACAACUGAAACAAUACCGCCAGCUGUUGCUAAAGCAGAAAAAUGCCCGAACAUGGAUUGUUAAUAACAGUAUUUUUACUAUGAUCCAAUUUCUUGCAGGUAUAAUUAUAAACUUUAUAAUUUAUUUUAUUCUAGAUAUACGUUGUACGUAUGUCAUUUAAUGUCUAUAUUUAAAAAAAAGAAAAAAACAGAUUUGCUUUUAAUUCUUUGGAAUUUUGUUUCGUUUAUAUUUAUAUUAUUAUAAUUUACAUUCCAUAAAAAAUGUAUUGAGAGUUUUAAGAAAAUAAUUGAAAUAUAUAUUAUCAGUAUUUUUAAA